UCUCACGGAAUGCUCAGGUGUCGCCCUAUAUAAGAGCGCGAGGCGACGUGUGUCCCCUGUCCGUGCGUGUGUGAGAGAGAUACCUAGCAGCAUAGGGCCAUUAGUUAGCAGCCAAGGUAGAGCGACAGGAAAGAUGGUGGUGAUGCGUUCCGACGUGCAGGUGGUGGAGAGCAGCCUCGUAACCCCGAGCGAGGCCACGCCGAGGCAGCAGCUCUGGCUCUCCCCCCUCGACGUCCUGCUGGUCAACAGGGGCCACACCCCGGCCGUCUACUUCUACCACCCCGCCGCCGAUGCAGCGGCGGCGAAGGACUUCUUCGACGUAGCGCGGCUCAAGGAGUCCUUGGCCAGGGCCUUGGUGGACUUCUACCCGCUCGCCGGUCGCCUCACCGUCGACGCCGGCGGCCGGUUCGUCAUCGACUGCAACGCCGAGGGCGCGCUCCUCGCCGUCGCCCGCUCCGACCUCACCGUCGCCGACUUCGCCGACGUCGUCCCGUCGCCGGAGCUCAAGGACCUCUUCGUCCCCCGCGUCGACCCGCCGUCGUCCGUCAUGCUCGCCGUGCAGGUCACCUUCCUCGGGUGCGGCGGGGUGGCCUUCGGGACCGCGCUGCACCACGCCGUCGCCGACGCCACCAGCGCGUUCCGCUUCUUCCGCGCGUGGGCCGCAUUGUGCAGAGGCGGCGGCGCCAUGGUGGAGAUGGAGAUGGAACCCCCCUGCCACGACCGUACCCUCCUCCGUGCGCGGUCGCCACCGUUCGUGAACCCGGACGCCUUCGCCGUGUUCUGCCCGAAGCUAACCCUGACCCAGCGUUCGGGCCCCGUCGCCAGCAAGGUCUUCGACAUCUCCAAGGACCAUGUCGCCGCCCUGAAGCAGGCCUGCGGCGGCGUCAGCACCUUUUGCGCGCUGAGCGCCCACGUGUGGCGGUGCGUGUGCGUCGCGAGGGGCCUGCCGGCGGACGCCACCACACGCCUCACCCUCCCGGCCAACGUCCGCCGCCGGAUCAAGCCACCGGUUCCCGACAGUUACUUCGGAAACGCGCUCAUCUGGGUGGGGACGUCCGGCGUCGUGCGCGACGUCACCUCGGAGGCGCUGGCCGACACCGCCGGCCGGAUCAGGGGCUCCGUCCGCCGGAUGGACGACGACGUGGUGCGCUCGGCCAUCGACUACUUCGAGCUGGCGGAGAACAACGGGAAGCCCAUCCCCGGCGACAUGCCGGAGACGGAGCUGAGGGUGAUCAGCUGGCUCGGCAUGCCGGUGUACGACGCGGACUACGGGUGGGGGAAGCCGCAGAUGAUGGUGCGCGCCGAGUCGGAGCGCUCGGGGUUCGUGUACCUCAUCAACGACGGCGCCGGCGUGCAGGUGGUGGUGUGCGCGGAGGCCGCGAGGCUCAAGGAGUUCGAGAAGCUGCUGUAUGCGAACAUGCGGCCAUGAAGUUGGAGCACUUCUUUUGUUGAACAUAAGGGAAGUGCUAGCGCCCGGACAUCCGAUAAUUUUGUUUUAUCGGAUGUUUUGUCACAACAUCGAAAAAUAACUAUCAAAACUUUAAAAAUUAACACUUGCAAUA